AUGCCUUCCUUGACUAAUAUUCUGCUUCACAGCAUUGCCUAUAUGGCAGAAAAGUUCCCCGACAAAUGGAUGGAGAAGAUUCCCUAUUACCGCGCUAGAGAAGAAGAAAUGGAGGAGGAGGAGCGCGAAGCUCGUCGUCGUGCUCGCAAGGACAAGGAAAAGCGCAGACAUUCUCACUCACACAAACGCUCGGGCAGCCACCACAGAGCCCGCCAUUUCGACGACGAUGAGCAGUCCGACAGCUAUGACGAUGAGGAGUACGAUCGCCGUGAUCGCAGAAGACACCGCAGUCUCGAUGGACGUCGCCAGCAGCCAAAAGACAGAUCGACCUAUCGUAGAUCUUACAACCCCGCCGACUAUGUUCCUGUCGACAGAUACGGCUAUGCUGUUCAGCCUCCUGUCAAUGGUCGCACCGUCGUGAACGGCCCCAUGCCUGGUGCUACUCCUGCCACGACCUCUUUCACCAAUGGCUCUCGCCCUACAUCCACAUCUGGACCGAUCCCUGGCUACGUUCCUUACGCCCACGUCUACAACAAACCUGCUCAGUCACAGCACGCCCCUUACGGUCGUGACGCUCGCGACUCUCCUCGUAGCUCAUCGGACCGCUUUGAUCGCAAGGACUACCGCACCGAACCUCGUGGUGAAAGGUAUGAGUUCAUUUUCCGGCGAGGCUCAGAACCUGAGACUGACACGAUACUCAGAUACAACGACAGCCACGACUAUGAAAGCAGCGAUGAUGCCAAGUACCGCCGCCGCAGCAGUCGCUACGACUAG